AUGUGCGAGGAGCGAUUCAGUCGUAAACACAUGGCAAAAAUUUUUAACUGGAAGAUAUUUGUCUCUUUAGUUGGCCUUGUAAGUUUUUUCUCGUUUUUCUAUCAAACAAUACUGCUUCUUAAUCAUUCAGCUAAACAUAUUCCGAUCAGUUCUUCACUAUUUCGCAAUAAAAGCUUGUUAGGAAAGCGCCAUGAUGAUAACAACUUCGUAGCUUGCAAGCUUCCCGAAUUGGAUCCGUUUCACCCUAGUGUGAUUCAUUUUACUAAGGACUUCGGUAAGCUGCGUUGUAAUGGUGCUAGUUAUUCAAGCUUCGAGAACAAUGUCCUUCGAGUUGAAGGCACUGGAGUCGUUUCCGUGCAAUACAGAACGAUCCAAAGGCCUUUGGGGGACGAUUUUGGAGUGGUUCUUUCUGAUCCAGUCAGAGUUCGCAACGAGGAAAAGCGUAAUCAAACAGGUUACUUUAGCGGAAGUGCAUCUGUAGAGACGGACUUCAUUCGAGUCGAUGUCGUCACAUCCUCGGGAGAUAUAAAAACUGACGUACACAUGCACGUGUUUCCUAAAAAAGAAGUUCUCAGAAGACAGUCCAAGCCAGGAAUUCCUUUGAAUGUUGCACUGAUUAUGUUUGACUCCACGUCGGCGGUCAAUUUUCAAAGAAAAAUGCCUCACAGUUUGGACUAUCUAAUCAAGAAUAUGACCUCGAUAUUAUUUCAAGGUGAGACAAUCGUAGGAGAUGGAACCACGGCACAGUUGACAGCGUUGCUGACUGGAAAGACGGAGAAAGAGCAAUCAGAGGCUAGAAAGAGAAUUGAUUCAUCUAGACCAGUAGACAACUGGCGUUGGAUCUUUAAAGAGUUUAAAAAGAGUGGGUACGCUACGAUGUUUUCAGAAGAUUCCCCGCAUCUUGCCUCCUUUAAUUAUCGCUUGAAAGGUUUCCACGAUCCGCCUACUGACCAUUACGCCAGACCGUUUUGGCUAGAGGCUUUCCAACUAAUGAUGAAGAGCAAAUUUUGCCUUAACAGUAGGCCUGCUCAUAACGAAUCUCUAAAUUAUUUGAUGAGUUUUUUCCGACGUUACCAGGACACGCCAAAAUUUGCAUUCUCAUCUCAUGCUGACAUAUCACACGAUAGCGUAAACACGGUUGGUUUUGCGGACGACGACCUUAAAGCAACUUUAGAGACGAUGCAAAAAGAGUCACUCUUGAAAAACACUUUGUUGAUAAUUUUUUCCGAUCACGGACCACGAUUUUCUGGUUUCAGGAGUACAAUACAAGGGAAACUUGAAGAACGAUUCCCAUUUAUGUCAUUUACCUUGCCGGAAUGGUUUCAAGACGAGUAUCCUGACCUUCAAAGUAACCUUCUUCAUAAUUCCCGCGUUCUUACAUCACCUUUUGAUGUUUAUGCAACUUUACGUCACAUCUUGUCAUAUCCUCAUUACCCAAGGGGGAUUUUAGUUGGGCAAAGCCUGUUUAGCCGGAUAGAUCCAAGGAAUCGCACAUGCGCGAGUGCUGGCGUAGACGAUCAUUGGUGUCCUUGUCUUGACCUAGAAGAGGUUGGCACUAAUGAGUCUGUGGUGAUGGAAUUAGCAGAUUUUGUGGUAUUACAUAUCAACAAUCUGACGUCACAGAAUGAAGAGCUGGUGAAGAUGUGUCGGCGGUUGAAACUGAAAGAAGUGAACAGGGCAUUCCGCGAAAUGCCCAGUGAAGCCAUGCAAAGGUUUCAGGGUACCACGAGAGAUGCACGAGAUACGUGUGACGGUUGUGGGGUGGUUUUGGGUAAAAAGUCCCGGAAUAACCUCGUUAAAGACACUUUGUAUCAGUUGCAUUUUGUUACAUCUCCCAAUGAGGGAUUUUAUGAAGCUACUGUUAGGAUACAGAAGGGUGUUCCCUCACUUGUAGGGGACAUAAGUAGAAUCGACGCAUACAAAGACCAACCAUAUUGCAUAAUGGAAGAUUUUCCACUUUUACGAAAGUAUUGCUAUUGCUUUUCAAGAAAAUUAAACAUCUCUAGUCAACGCUAG